UGGGUGAGCAUCGGGGGAGCGGUGGGGGAACGUUUCGAGGGGCUAAAAUGAGCUUUCGUCUGUCGUAUGUGUUAAGUAAAAGAUCCAAACGUUGUUUUCUCAUAAGUUGAGUGCGUCACGUUCACAGCAAGAGGCGACGUGCUGCUGCAGAGAUCAGAGCAACUCUGACACACGAAGCAGCUAAAACAUUUCUGGAAAACUGUCUGGAGUCGCAGUAAAACAUGACAACGCUGCUGGACCUAAAGAGUAGUGUGCUGAGGCAGGUUCAGAGGAGCCAGUCUCUGAGGAGUCGCAGAGAGCCCCCUCCCACCGCCAGCAGCCCCCUCACAGACUGUCCUCCUGAGCCUUUACCCCGAAGGAUUUCAGCGGAAAGCGUGGAGUUCUUUGAGCGUACGAAUGCCGUUCUACAGAAACAGGAGAGCAUGAUGCGGGCGGCCCAGGCAGAGUGUCAGCGAGGAGCUUGCACGGUUCCACCACCACAAGAGCACGUGGACCAGCCUUUCAUCACCGAAAGAAUCAGCAGGACAGAGCUCGACCUGCUUUAUGAGGAGGCUGUGUACACGGUGGUCAACAGAGUCGGCGUGCCCGCUCCAGAACACGUGAAGAGCGACGAUGAGCUGUUUGCUUACCUGCUGAAGGUGUUUGAUAUGGGUGAGGAGGAACAUGAAAUUAUUCUACAAAAAGUUCAAGAAUCAAAGAGAGCCAGCUUUUCCUUAAGAGUCUCAGUCAUGAAAGCCAAGAGUCUGAUGGCCAAGGAUGCAAAUGGGUACAGCGACCCCUACUGCAUGCUGGGAAUCCUGGUGGGGCAGAGCCCUCGUGAAACAGAGGAGAAGAAGGAGAGAAAGUUCAGCUUCAGGAAGAGGAGGGAGAAGCUGGAGAAGCGCUCCAGCACCAAAGAGGUGUUACCUGCCAGGUGCAUCCAGGUGACUGAAGUCAAACCCGAGACUCUGAACCCCGUCUGGGACGAGCACUUUGUGUUUGAAAUAGAUGAUGUCCACAAUGACCUUUUACACCUAGACAUUUGGGAUCAUGACGACGAUGUAUCUGUUGCAGAGGCUUGCAAAAAGCUCAAUGAAGUCAGUGGUCUUCGGGGGAUGGGGAGAUAUUUUAAACAAAUAGCAAAGUCAGUGCGGGCCAAUGGAUCGGCAUCUUCAGGCUCCGAGGAGAACGCUGAUGACUUCCUCGGAUGCAUCAACAUCCCUUUGAACGAGAUUCCUGUUCCUGGUUAUGACACCUGGUUCAAACUGGAGCCCCGAUCGAGCGCAUCGAAGGUUCAGGGAGAAUGUCACCUGGUUCUGAAACUCUUCACCAGCCAGAGAGACACAACGUUGUCCAAGAGGGACACAAAUGUCUCCAUUCACAAGAAACUGUUGAGUCAAAUUGUGGAAAACGAGCAUGCACAAGUUAAGAGAGAGCCGUACAACUGGAAUGGGCAGGUUUCUCCUCCAGCAUGGACCAUACUAACUCACCAUGCUGUGCAAACUGAUCUUUCACCUCUGCAGCAGGCAAUUGUACGCUGGCAUUGCUACAGCAGCCACCAUAGGAACCAGAGGGUGUGCUACUCCCUGCUGCUGCGCCUCCUGAGGACCAUCGAUGCAGAGUGGGAUCCUCCCGCCGUGAGGGGAGACCUGGAGCGGCAGCUAUCAGACAGCUUCAGACUGUACACCGAGCACUGCCUGUGCCUGAUGAAGAACAUGCGUCAGGUUUUCCCCUGCACCAGCGCCGCAGCCAUUACACGCUACGAGCUCAUGCUGAGGGGGAUUGGCUACAUGCAAAACAUGAGAGCAUUUAAGACUGUUUGUCCUCUUCGAAAUGAGCUGCAUUUGGACAUCACUACUGCUGUUAAGAAGGGAACAGCUGAGUGGUACGAAAGCCUAAUUGCCCAAUACAAGCCCGAGGACGGGGCUAUUCAUUGUGUUUGGACAAAGCAGACUCUGGAGGAGCAGCUUAAGAAACUGGUUCAAGUGAUCGAUGCCGUGUGUGCAGAUGUACAAAGAGCCCAGAACGUCUACAACCAACUGUUCUACAGUACGGUGAAAGUAGACUUCUUCAGCAUAUCAUACAGACAGCUGGAAAAACAGGUAGCAGAUGAUGUAAACGUAGCGAUGGAGCGAGUUUGUGGAACUCUGGAGCAAGAGAGCUCCAGACUGACUCAGGCGAUGGGAGAGACCAUCUUUGAGCUCUUCGUGUCCUUGAAAAUCCUCAAAGGCUUUCGGGAGUUUCUUCCUCUGAAAGAUGCAAAAAUGUUGGCCUUGACAGGUUUUCAUAACUGGUUCAAGUCCUCGAUUCAUAAGUGGCUGCAGAUUGUUCAUGAAAGGUCCUGCGACAGGAUCCGCAAAGCAGUGGAGGCAGACCAGCCCCAGCCUCUGCAACAAGCCAAACACAGCUCAUCAGCAGUAGAAGUGACAGCUUGCUUCAGCCAGGUACGCGAGAUCUGGCUCCAGCUGGCCUGGCCAGACUCUGCGGGGGCCUUCAUCUUUGUCACUCGCCUGACAGACAAUUUCUGCAGUGAAGCUGUGUGCUACUCAGAGAUGAUAACACGCAGGAUUGAGCGGAAUCAGCUGGGCCGAGACCACAAGGGCUUCACAGUGCAGCUCUGCAUUGCCCUGAACAGCAUAGAGCAUGUGCGUGUUUACCUGACUCACCUGCCUCGUGACCUGGACUGGUCAGGUGUGGAGCGGGCCAUGGAGGAGUCCUGUGGAGUGGAGGGGAAGGAGCAGGUUUACAAGGCCCUCAAUGGGCAGCUCUUCAACAUGGACCUGGACCUGCAAAGGGAAACUAAACGCAUCAUCUCGCUGCUCACUGACAAGAUGCUGCCUGAGCUGCGGAGGUACAUUCAGCACAUCAGCCUGUCUCCAGACUCCAUCAACAAUGAUGAGGCUGUCUCCCCUCUCAUGAAGUACCUCCAAGACACAAUGGCCAUUCUGACUGAAAAUCUCGUUAAGGAAAAUCUUAGCAGAGUUCUGCAGAGCAUGUGGGAGCUGCUCCUGCGGAUGAUCCUGGACACGGUAACAGAAAACAGGGGCGUUCAGGUGGAGUUUUACAACCGCUUCCAGUACACGGUGGAGACGCUUUUGCAGUUCUUUCACAUCAAAGGAGAGGGUCUAUCCCUGGAAGACAUGAAGAUCGGCGACUAUAAGGUCUUGGACGAAGAGCUCAGGCUGAAUAAAUGCUCCUCCUUUGAUCUGAUUGAACAGUACUACCUGGAAAAGAUUUCCCUCCAGAAAACACUCAAACACACCCCUUUCGGUCGGAUCAGUGUAAAAUGCUACUAUGAUGCUCCGGAGCAGAGGUUGACGGUGGAGAUUCUUCAUGCUGCAGAUAUUAUCGCCCUGGAUGCCAAUGGUCUGAGUGAUCCCUUUGUUAUCGUGGAGCUUUGUCCUCACCACCUCUUCCCGUCAGCCAAGAGUCAACGCACACAAGUGAAACUGAAGACGCUGCAUCCGGUGUUCGAUGAGUUGUUUUACUUCCACGUCAGUCCUGAGCAUUACAGACACAGGUAUGCUUGUUUGACCUUCACUGUGAUGGACUACGACUGGCUCUCCACCAAUGACUUCGCUGGAGAAGCCGUCGCUCCUCUUAGUGACUUCUGCUGGCCGGGGAGACCAAACGCCUCACCAGCUGGCAAAAACGUCCAGCCCGUUAUUCUGCACCUGUCUCGCAGCAAACCUAGCGAGAAACCAAUCAUGAGGAUGCUGGACGCUCGCACCGGAGACAGGGAGGCUCAGGAGUUUGUCCGCAGGCUGAAAGAGAUCGAGAAGUCGAUGGAGGAGGAGUAAAAGCUGUCAGUAUUGGCUGUGUCCGUGUUUCCUGACUACGUCUUGCAACAUGUGCUUUUGUAUCUGUACAAUGUUAACAACCUUUGAUUUCUUUUUCAAUAUGCUGUUUGUUGGGCACCAAAAGAAAAGAAAAGAAAAGAAAACAGACGACAGUUUUUCACUGUUUUCUAACUGGGAGAUGAACAUCCUGUCACUGUGCAACUGUCUCAGUUAAACUAUAUUUUAGACAUGAUUAGAUAGUAGAUCCUAAAUGUUAGUAGUCUAUAUUUUUUGUAAUGAAGUAACAGUUAUCUUUGUUGUAUAACCUUUGAUAUGAUAGAUUUCAAAUAUUUUGUGGAAGUAGCUAACCUAUAGCCUAUAGUUCUCAGUCUAAAGUCUAAAUCUAUACCUCAGAUGUGCUCGUGAGUCACAAGGACGUUUAACAGGGGUUGAGACUUUCAUCCUGCACACACACACACACACACACACAUGCAUGCAUGCACACACACAUGAACACUCCGUGGGGAUAAACUUGACGAAUGCUCAUAAUACGAACCUGCAUUUAUUUCUGACUUCACACCGAGACUUUACUACAAACUGUUCUGGAUAAGCAUAUGGACAUGUAGACGUGUAGAAGGAAACCGUAGAGACAUGAAUGAUGAAGAUGCAUCACAGCUUUGGGCAGACUGUCCACUCCAGAAGGGUGUUCUGUCAACAUGCAAAGGUUCUUACAGUCUCAGCCCUGCUUCCACAUGGAAAUGUUCUUGUAGGAGACCUGAAAUGGUCUUUUUUAUUUUAGUUUUGUUUUUGAUGAAAAGAGAAAAAAUACUUUGAAAUGCCACCUUUUCUAUUUUUUGGGUGGUGUAGUUGCUGUAGUAAUGUGGGAAGUUCCCAGUGUUUUUGUAUGGAUGAAGACAUUUCUAAAAACAGUGCCAAGGAUAUUUUAGUAUCACCAAAUAAAAAUAUUUUUUGGGGCAAAACAGCAUUUCCAUGUGGACAAGGUCUGAGAGCGAUGGUGCAAGCGUGAGAGACCGGCAGUUGAGAGAUCUAACAGCCACAUCAGCUGGAGGUUUUAGUUUUCGAUGGGUCCGGUUCCCAAACCUUUCAGCUUCUCACAUACAAAAUAGAAAUUGUCAAGACAUGCAACCCCAAAAAUCUUUGAUUUGACAAAACAAAUGCGCUUAAAAAGCUAAAUCAUUCAGGGCAUAAGAAAAUCCAGCUCACAUAUAUGCUAGAAAUAUAGGUUCAGCAACUGUUUAUCCAUUUAGAUUUCUGGAAAUCAUCUCAAGACCCCCUGGGUAGUAGACUGACUUUUGUUAUGUUAGUAGAAAACGUAGAUGUUGUUAUGGCUGUACACCUGGUCAGAUGUGUUCUAGUUGGUUUCUUCAUGUCAUUAGAAUCAAAUCUUAAAACGUAGCUCAUGUUCAUUUGAGAAAUCUGAGGAAAUAGUUUCAAAAAUAUCAGCAAACCCGAAUGAUCACAUUGGCAAACGUUAGCAGGCGGCUCAUCUCGCUGUGAAACAUGCUCAAGGUAAGACGAAAGGAAAAGAACGGCUUGUGCAGGGCUGCGAUUACACUUGAGGGGCGAGGCGAGCACUCUGUUCGUUGCAGCUCUCGCUGGCCUGACAGACAUAAUUCAACAUCAUCCAUCUCUCCCAAAGCUGGGAAGAGAAAAAAGUCUGGGAUCUCCAUGUUUUUCAGAAGCUGCAGAGUAACCUGGAGUCCAACCUGUCAUAUGUUGUGAAGAAAAUGAAAACGCUCUUUCAUUUAUAUGUAAUUUCAAAAGCACACACUCGGCUUGUAUUACUGAACCAACUGAACUAUUAUCUAGAAGCACAAAUUACUCACAUUGAUGUUUAUCACAGGAUUUCCAAGGUGACCGGUCCUUGGAAAUCCUGUUCUACGUAAACGUCUUGAGUCAUCCUUCAGCUCUUUACAUUUUGCUGCCAAGAAACCAGCUAUUCCUGGUCUGAGGCAUCGAUUUCAUGCGUUUUUAGUCCAGUACCUGAAUAUUUUAAGGAAAUCAUUAUUGUAACCACUUAACUUUGACUCAUUUAGGCAUGAAAAGGCUGUUGUGACACACAGCAGAGCUACCAUAAAAGAUCUUUGCUCAUUUUUGUUCCCAGCAGCCCGUCAAAGAAGGACACAUCUCAUUUAUUUAGUUGGAUCUGUGAAAUAAAGCCAAGUGUACACAUUUACACUUAUAAAUCAAGAUUUUAGCUCCAGGUUUACAAAAAUAUGUUUGUUAAAAGCCUGAUGAUCAAAUUAGGGAUAUUUAAAAACCUCAUUAAAUUAUGGUCAUUUUGAUGAUUUUUAAUCAUAUUAUUUUAGCAGCAGUGGUAGUGGUUUAUUGUUUCUGAGUUAUUGUGAUCUUACAACUUUUAUCUCCCUUUAAAGUUCAAAAGAGCAAAGAUCUUUGUUUCUUAUCUGUUUAAAGCACUCACUCUACAUUAUGCUGCUGUUGUACAGUAACUGGGCUGAAAACGGAUGAAUCACCAAAUGGAAAGUGUUUGAAAACAAGAGUGCAGAAAUCCCAUAAGGACUUAUUGUGACUUUUUGGAAGCAAUACUUAAAGAAAAUAGAAAUUGUGUCAAUCUUUUGCGCUGUUCAUUAGUUUAAAAUUAAAUAUAUUUAUUAGAACUAUGAAUAGAAAAUUUAAAAACAAAAAAAGAUUUAUUGGAGACGUAUCUUUAUGGACAAAACUGUUGAUUCUUAAAGAUUUAGUGAGAGUAACAUAAUUAAAUAUGUAUCAUUUAUGGGUUAUUAUCCUAACAGAUGAAAGCUUAAAGUGACAGUGUGUAGGUUUUCUUGUAAGUGGCCUGUAUUUGUAUAGUGCCUUCAUAGGGUUCUACCCCCCCCCCCCCCCCCCCCCCAAGGCGCUUCACAACACAAUCAGUCAUUCACCCAUUCACACACACAUCCACACACACAUUCACACACUGGUGGGGAUACAAUGUAGCCACAGCUGCCCUGGUGUGCACUGGCAGAAGCGAUGCCUGCCGAAUACUGGCGCCACCAGGGUGCGGGUCUAAGCCUCUGGGGCACACCACAUAAGACGUCAUGUUUCCAUCUGGCCAGCUCGGGGUCCUGCGCUUGCCGAUGACCCCACACUAAACGACUGGCUGGACGUACGACCUACGGAAAUUACGUUAACAUGUUCGAAAACAUUUAGGCAGAACGAAACAUGAAUUUAAUAACAAAACUGCGAAGCCCUUACAAAAAUCUAUGUGAAAAAUUAAAUCAAAAAAGAGAUGCAAUAUAUUUUGGCCGUGUGGUAUUGCCAUAGUAUGAUGACGUCAUCGGCAGAUGCAGAACGCCGAGCAGAUCCGGGAACUACAAAGCCAGAAAACUAGCAUUGGCAUUGCAGUCUCUUGAUGGAGUUAACUGAAAGACCAUCAAAGUCGAAGCAGCCACGCCAAGGUCACAUGCUCUCUACAGAUGACAACACUUACCGUAAUGCUUUUUUAAUAGCGACAAUUAUGGUAUAUGCUGUAAAACUACCCUGAAAUGUAUGCAUGUACUGCCCCCUAGUGCCAGGAAACUACACACUGUAACUUUAAACUAAAAACUUGAAAGAAAAAUAAAAGCUAAUAUCACUUUAAAUAAGCUGCUUUCUUUCUAAAGAAGUUUAGUUUUUUGUCCUGGAAACUGGAAGCUUAAUGCUGAGGAUUUAGUUUUCAAACAAACUGAACCUGGAAAAGAUAGGAACUCUCCUGCAAGUGAGCUGUAGUAAAAAAAAAUAAACCUGUAGCAAGUGAAGAGAGGACCAAACCGCCACACCGACAGCAUUUUGAUAGUGAUGUAACUCUACUGUAGCUGCUUGUGUAGUGCUUUGUUGUUAUCCUGUGAAGCUGUGAAGACAAAGCACGCAAAAACCAUUUCUAUGCCUGAAACGUGUGCUGCAUUACAGGGUUUGUUCAGCUGCAGGGAAUCCUUCAGCACACCUGACCAGCACUUGCCUUCAUGUUUCUGUUUUUUCAGGAAGAAAUUUGAUUUGUAUUGAGAAAACCCCGUGAAGCUGCAAACAUCCCUCACUAGCAACAUUAUUUCUAUUUGUUCCCCUUGAACAGGUGAUUGUUUUCCCUCUAUAACUACAUUAUUGUGGCCCAGUGUUUACAAUAAACCAAAAACAACACAACCUCAUUCAAAAGUCAAAUAAAGCUAAUUUUAUAGUGUUUAUUCAAAUCCUAGAAAGGAUUCAAGGAUUUACACCUUUUUAAAGUUAAAAGGGACUUUUUAAACUCAAAUUCUUACAAAUAAUGUAUUUUCCUCUUUUUAGGUUUUUAGCCUGUUGCCAAUCCGAGUAUCCCAGUUGUAUAACGUUGCUCUGGAACAGAAAGUCUGGUUUUCUAUGUAGAAAAUUAUUAUUUUUGUGAUUUUUUUUCACACUCAACGUAAAGUGCAUUGAACACACACCCUCUUACAGAUUUAUGCUGGUGUUUACUUGAGAAAGCAAUGUUCAGUAUCAGAAAUAGUUCCUGAGUUAAUACAAAACACACAACACUAGUGAUCAUUUCUUUUAUUAAGGGAGAAAGUCUGUCCAAGCCCACCUGGCCUGUGGUUACUGGUUGUGGUACCCUUUGAGGCAGAAAUGAAAAGUUGAAUUAAUUGAAGGAGCAAUAUGCAAGAAUUCUUCAGUGAAAUAAUCACAAGUCUGAUGUCUUAAUCAUGAUGGAACGAAGGUUACAUUGAAACAGGUCUCCUCAUUGAGGGGUGUGUCUGUUUUUCUCUUUUCGAAAUGACCAAAAAAGGACGUAGUAAUUGUUUACGAUCUGUGAGCUAGCGUGGUUGCCAAGUCUGCAUCAGCAGACGUUGCUCAUUGCACCUAACCCUAAUCCGUCAUUUGUAGUUCGGCACUGGCCACCAAAACGCAGCAGCGUUCCUUGUGAAGAUCCUAAUUUUCUUCUAGUUAUUCUAGUUUUGUAACAAGUGACUUUCCCCACUGUGGGAUCAAUAAAGUAUUUUCAAUUCUAUUCUAAGCUAGCAACGGGAGCAGCCAAGAAAUUAUUUCUUGUACCCGUUAAGAAGCCACGGCAUCCUUUUUGUUUUACUCUUAAUAUCGGUUGAAGCUGGCUACAGGCUAGCAUUGAGCUAACAAUGCUAACGGUGAAUUUGAAACAAAUCAUUGGCUCUAAAAUGUUUCAAGCCACUAUUCAAUGACCAAAAACUCAAUAUUACAGUGAAAUGUAUUCAUCUACUUAUAAACUUGCGGUGUAUGACUCGUCUUCACGUGUCAUCUAGAAUCUUCUGAUGCUAACCCGUAGCUGGCAACAGCCAUGAGAGUCACUUGUUUGUGCUGAAAAUGUGCUGAAGUAACCAGAUUUGGUUCUUCUUACAUUAUUCUUACAAAGUUCACAUUUAACCAAAUGAUGCCAACUGGCUCCACUAAACCUAGUUGCCUAAAUGUAAAGAGUAAUAUACAUUUACUUUUGCCAUGACAACAUAUAACAACAUAUAUUAACCUUUCCACUUAAGCGACUAGUGGAACCAGUAGACAUAACUUGGUGAAGUAAUUUCAACAUUUCAUUUUUUAGAGUGUAACAGCUGCAAUCAGGCUUUGGUGGUGACUGGUAAUGGGUCUGUCACAUCUAUAAGGAGGAAUUUUGUCCCGCUCCUCGAUGCAGAAUAGUUUCAUUUCAGCCACAUUGGAGGGCUACAGGAAGAACAGCCUGUUUAAGGUCAAAGGUCAAAUAUUCUCCAUCAGGAGCAGAUGAUAUGGUUCCAUCAGUUACAGCACAUCAUCCAGGUCCUGAAAAAGGAAAACAAUCCCAGUAAAGACAAGAAAGGAGACUUUGUCUUCCUUUUUUUUAAACAAAAUCAUUAAAAACUGAGUUUUGUAUUUACUUUCUUGACCUUCGUCUGAUACUGAAGUUAGUUUGCUGUUUCUGAAACGUUUACUUGUGGGAAAAGAGGGAAAGAAGAAACUAGAAAUCUGUAAACGGGCGACGAUGUUUCACAGCACUGGAUCUGUUCUCUCAGCGUAAAACAUCAAACGUCUCAGCAGUCAGAUCAAAAGUUGUUUUACUUUGAAAGAAUGAUGUAACAGAUGAUCAUUCUUCCUUUUCUUCACAAAAACUUUUUAAAGACAUGAUAUAAAUGUGUGUAUUAUUUAGAUUUUCAUAGGUUUAAGGUUGAUGUUUGUUGUUCAGAUUUAAAGGCAGCUGGUAAAAAGAAUCUGCGGGAGGCAAAAGCCUUCUAAUAGCUAUUGUAAAAGUGAGUAUUUGUCCUUAAACUGUACAUGCUCGUGUAGCUGUUAUUAUGCCUUUGAGAGAUGUCCACAAUCCCAAUAAAGACUGUAUUUAAAUUCCA